AUGCUUUUAAUUACUCUCCUCUUGUGUCUUUUUGCAAGAGCAGAUGAUAUACCAACAAAUUUACAAUGUACCAUGGCUCUUCCAAUUAUUGUUCAACAAUCAUAUAUUUACCAUCAUAAAAUUGAUGAAAAUCUACAAACUUCAACUGUGGAACUUACUGAAGAAGAUGGAACUAAAUCAACUGAAACUGUUCGUGGACUUUAUUUUAUGUUAAAUGAAAUUGAAGAUACCUCUUUGUAUGUUUCUACAUGUGGUGCAAGAACUACAGUUGAAACUGAAAUUUAUAUUUUCAGUGAUUGUAACAAUGGUGUUGCUUCAGGAAUUACUAAAAUCUCAAAGAGUGAUGUUACUUGUUCUUCAACUGGAAAAUCUGCUUCAUUCUUUGAUCUUAAGGCAAAUACUACAACGUAUGUACUUGUCAAAGUUGUAGGAAAUGGAUCAGGUAAUCUUGCUACCAGUUUUGUAAAAGUAAAUAACUUACCAAACUAUUAUUGUGAACAAGCACUUGAAAUUCAAUCUAUUCCAUACUCUGAUAUCUCUGAUUAUACUGUAAAUUAUCCUACUGGUGAUGUUAAAUGUCUUUCACAAUCAAUGCCAGCUAAAUGGUAUCAUAUGAAAGGAACAGGAAAAUAUUAUCUUGUUGAUACAUGUUCUUCCUUAACACAAAUUGAUACUUAUUUAGUACUUGUUGAUUCUAUUAAUCUUGGAGAUACUUGUAAACAAGCUGAAUGUACUAAAUAUAAUGAUAAUGGUUGUGGAAAAGGAAGUACUGGUUCUACUCUUUUAUUUAAAUCAGAAGAAGGAAAAGAUUAUCAUAUUGGUGUUUUUGGAAAGAAUGGAGCAAAUGGUAGAUUCCAAGUUAAUGUACAAACUGUUGAUAAUACUCUUCCAUUUAAUUGUGAAAAUGCUGUUAGUAUUAAUUUACCAUUUACAAGGACUCAAAACGUUCCUUCUGCAUGGCCUUUAACUCCUGUUAUUUCUGAAGGUGGAGCUCAAUACCCAGUAUUUUAUUUAAGUAUUAUAGGAACUGAUAAUGAUGUUGUUUUUUCAACUUGUAAAACAGAGUCUAAAGUUAGUGGUACUGGUAUUGAAUUAAUUCAAGGAUGUAAAUCAACUACUGUUUUGGAACCACUUUACAGUGGAAGUUGUAAUAAAGAUGAAUAUAAAGUAUUCCAUCUUGAUGCUGGAGUUACGUACAUUGCUAAAUUUUAUGCAAAAGAAUCUGAUAGUAAAAUUGUUAUGAAUGUACAAUUAAAAGGUCAAAAUCAUUACCAAUGUGUUGAUGCUCUUUCUUUAAUUGAAAGUUAUACUGAUACAAUUCCAUUAAAACAAUUAAAAAAAUCACUUCAUGGUUGUGAUGGUGUUGAAGAAUAUCAUCAAGGUGCAUGGUAUCAACUUAAGAAAAGUACUUCAUCUUCAGUUGAACACUAUCGUAUUGGUGCUAGUACAUUAAGUGGUGAUAUUGCAAAUAUAGGAAUUGAACAACAACUAACAUGUGACUCAACUCAGUGUGUUAGCAAAGAAACAAACACUGCUCAAAUGGAUGUAUUCCUAAAUGAUGAAUUUAGAUAUAUUUUUGUUUACGGUACAGGAGGACAAGAAACGUUAUCUGUAGGAAUUGUUAAAUUUGAUGAUAUUGCUCAUUCAGUAUGUACUGCUCCAAAGAUAAUUUCUAUUCCAUUUACAACUGUUGGAUUUAUUGAUACAACACAAUCUAAUACUCUUAAAUGUAUUAUGACACAAUAUCCUAGUUUCUGGUAUUCUAUUCAAUUAUCAGAAAGUCUUGACGUAAUUGCAUCAACUGUUUCAUCUGACACUAAAGUUGACACUUAUAUUGAAGUUUUGACUGGAUGUUAUGGUGAUGAAAAUGUUAAUUGCAUUGCUUAUAAUGAUAAUUUAGAUAAUUCUGCUGAUACUUCAAGUAGACUUACAUUCUCUGCAUAUUCCAGAACAGUAUAUAAUAUUGCAGUUGCUCAAAAAGAACGAACUGCUCGUGCACAUCGAUUUUCUAUUUAUCCAACUCAAGCCCCUGCUGGAUCUAUGUGUGAAACAUCAGAUUAUCUUGACACUGUUGAAGCUCAACAAACUAUAUACGUUCAUACUACUUAUGCACAUGAAACUAAAGUUUCAGGAAAAGUUCUUAAAGGAUCAUAUUUUAGGUUUAAUACUCAUGUACCAUUACAAUUAACAAUUCGUACGUGUUCUACAGGUACUGAAAUUAAUAACGUUAUUGCUAUCUUUAAAAGCUGUAAUACUCAAAAAGAUGAAGAUGGUAAGUAUGUUUCUAUUCCUGAUAUUAUGGUUGCAGGUACUAACUCAAGUAAAAAAGCAUGUGGUACAUUUGGUGCAGAGUUGUCAUACCAAACUCAACCAGAUACAAACUAUUACUUAUUUAUUGCUUCACUUGAACAUGGAUAUGAUGGAAUGAUUGAGGCUGAAGUAAUUCUUGAAGAAAAAUCACAAAAUCCACCAAUGCCACCACCUGAAGAAAGUAGUACUAAUGAUAAUGACGAUAAUAAUGAACAACACCAUGGUAUUUCUGGGUGGGGAAUUUGGGGUAUUCUCCUUUAUGCAGUUUAUUUCGUAAUUAUUAUUGUUGCAUUGAUAAUUAUCAUAAUUAUUUACAAAAAGAAAAAUUCAUCUUCAUCAAGUUUCAGUAGUUUCUAA